GCGGUGGGCGUGGCCCGACGCUCCGGAGGCGGGGCCGAGCCGCGCAGAGCGUCCCAGCAGAGCAGGCCUCAGAGGGUCGCGGUGCGUGCGACGCCGGGGCUGGCGGUCCCGUGGGCUACCCGGUUUCCGUCCGAGUCGGGCGAGUUCUGCGGCGCUCGGUUCCGUGCUUCCCACGCUGCGCUGAGUCUGCGUGAUGGACGACCCGGCGGGGCCGGAAGCGGGCUUGCCCGGGCCGGUAGAGAGGUCUUCUCCAGAUAAUACCAACAACGCGGUGAAAUCUAAUGAAGAGCCUCUCCUCCGAAAGAGCUCCCGCCGAUUCGUCAUCUUCCCCAUCCAGUACCCCGACAUCUGGAAGAUGUACAAGCAGGCGCAGGCAUCCUUCUGGACGGCAGAGGAGGUAGGUGCCGAGGCCUCUGUGUCAGGCGCAAGCCCUUUGCCUCGAGGAACUGGGCAGCGAGAUGAGUCCCGGAUCCCGGUCCUGUGGUGGGGCCCAUUCACUCUCAGGACCGUGAAGAUGUCCCUUCACUCACUGCACCGAGCUCCUGCUGGAACAGCCCUUGCUUCUCAGCUGAGGCAUUUCACAGGAUGGAGACAAACCCUGGCACCGAGGUCGGCGGCAGGCUUGUACGGAGUCUUCAGCAAACCUUCAGAUGACACCAUAUUUUGGAAGGAAGGCUGUCCUUUUUCUACUGAGAAGGAAUUUUUAACGGAAGCCCUGCCAGUUGGUCUGAUUGGAAUGAACUGUGUUUUGAUGAAGCAGUAUAUUGAGUUUGUGGCUGACAGGUUACUUGUGGAACUUGGAUUCUCAAAGGUUUUUCAGGCAGAAAAUCCCUUUGAUUUUAUGGAGAACAUUUCUUUAGAAGGGAAAACAAAUUUCUUUGAGAAACGAGUUUCAGAGUACCAGCGUUUUGCAGUUAUGGCAGAAACCACAGAUAAUGUCUUCACUUUGGAUGCAGAUUUUUAAGCCUUUGCCUUAUAAAUCUGUCAUCAAUAAAUAACAGUCUAUUUUUCUCUGCUUAAAAACAAACGAGAUAUUUCCUUCAAGGGAAUACAAGUUUGAGUGAAAGGAAAUCUACAACUGCAUUCUAAUCAAGAUGGCUUUAUGCAAAUAACUCUAAUGUUCCUGUGUAAGAGUGUGAUCUAAAUGCUCUGUUCUUUUUUUCUUGGCCUUGGAAUGUAGGGUGGCAGUACGUAAGACCAUGGGGUGAAAGGCCAGCUGGGGGUUGGAAGCUCUGGCUUUACUCCUUUAUGUAAACUCUUGGCAAGUGGGUUUGUCUGCGCAGACAUCACUGGACUCGCCCUUGCGAUGGGCAGAGGGCAAGCUCUCUGUUCGUGGAGUGAUGUGGGGACUGGGGCGCACAAGUAGUUGCUUUGUCGUUGCUGGACCGUCUGGGUCCCCUUGCUGAUCAUUACCGAUGGGGUUCAUUGCCGUAAUGUUGACAGAACUUGCCCUCCUCCCCUCAAAGUAAUUGUGCUUCAUAAACGUCCUAAGACCUCUGUUCAUAUUUGGUGGAGAAUACAAGGAUAAAAAGGUAACUUGUUGGAUUUUCUCCUGGAAGGUUUAGAUCAGCACAAACUGGCUGUAUUAGCAUUUCUCACAGACCUGCUCAGUGCUGUUAGUCCCUUGGGGUUUUCUGUGAAAGAAAAGGGGUGUGGUGGCCCAGUGAGCUUGUGUGCCUUGUCUAGUCCACCCUCCUAGGAAUGCACCGUGGGUGCCUCACAGCCUGAAACUGCAGGAUUGGAACUCCUUACUCCUUUGGCAUCUUCUAGAUGCACACAGAGAUUGCAACAUCUCACACGCUCUGUGUCUCAGAACAUAGAUGGGAAAAAGCUGGCCUGAAGCUAUUUAUCCAUAUAGAAAAUGGUCUAAGAAUGGGAAAAUGGGGCAGGAUUUAUGGAGCCAUUUCAAGUUUGCACUGAGCUGUGUCAGGUGCCUGAGACCAACUGUGUGAGCCUUUGGCUGUUGUGAGGAAGUGCCCAUUAGUGACACAGCACAUGGUCAGAGUCCAUUGCCAUGUGUGGACAGAGUGACACCGGAGCAGGUGUCUGGACUGCUGCUCCCUUCCUCUUUGGAAGGGCCAUGCUAUCAGGGUAUUCAGCCACGGCAAAAUGUGUUUUAUACAACUGGGGGCUAAAAUCUAGAGAUUUUCUUGCUAAGUUUGUUUCACUUGUCCUACAGGUGCCCAAUUUGUCCAAACUGGGAGCUCUAAUGCGAAAGUAGCAAGUCAGGUCAUCUAUUUGUUCAGUGUGGCAUACAGAAACUCAACGGCUUGGCCAAGGUUUUAGGCCCUCUCCCUGUGUUAUCAUUGGUUUUUUUUUUUUUUUUAAGAGUUCGUCACAUCUCUUAAGUUUAAUUUUUGCCAUCCAUCUUGAUUUAUUUUUGCCUGUUUCCUUUGUUAGCCCAAGUUAUCAUAGAGUUACUGUGUAUGACACUUUAGAGACUCAAAGUAUCCUAGAAAAACAUUUGAACCAUAGUCAGGUAUUACGUUCAAAAGUAUCACCCGCUGCCAUUUGAAAAGUCCUUAAACCCGAAGUUGAUGGCAUCAGGAAGGAAGAACCAAAGACCUAUGGCGCCGUUCCCCUUUGUUUUGAGCCUAUCUUUCUCAUAGGUAAAUAAUAGGUACCUUAAAGUAAAACUUAUUUAUAGUAGCAAUGAACAUGACUGUACUGGAGGAAGAAGCUGUAAUACUGAAGCACUGGGUUAUUAUGCAUGGGUUUAUUUUAUUCACUGUUCUGUGCUUCCAUGUUGUACUUUUAUUUCUUAGGUUCAGUACUUUUGAGUUUUAGUUCUUAAAGCAUCAAGAUGUUAUAAAAUCUUUUUAAUAUAUCUUACAGGUAAAGAAAAAAAUUAAGAGUAUAUUUAUAACUUUCCUCUUUGUACUACAUAAAUAUUUACAUCAUUGCUGUUGACAGUCAAGAGUAUUAUUUGGGAAUGUAGCACCUUGUAGUUCCACGGCACACAGCCUGGGUCAUGUUUCACUGCACCAUGAAGAACCAGAGCCUCGAAGGAAUGGGGCGGCAGUGCAGAUCGCCCAGUGUUCUGUUGUCCAUUUAGACACAGCAGCUACCAGUUAUUCUUACCGUGUAAGUUGACCCAGCUGUGUCUUGCUGUGCAGAAAUUUUUUCAGUUGUCUCAUUUUGGAAUAUCCAGAUUAUUCUAUUUUGACCACUUAACUUCAUUUGUGUAUGAAAAAAGUGAUCGCUAAAAACCGUAGUCAUUUGCAUAUUUAAAAAAUAACGUUCAGAAUUUUUCAUUUUAUGUUUAACUAUGUUAACACUGUAAGGAAUUGCCAUAUUUCCUUGAUGGGGUCAAUGGCUAGCAAUUGAGAAAGGGUUCUCAGGAAUGAAGAAAGCUGCUGAUGGCCACAGGACACGGGGUCCCUCUCUGAGCGGAGCCUGUGGCCUGGUGGCUGAUUCAGCAGCUCUUUCUCACCCUGCCCUGUAAAGCUUUGCCCUUUCACAAGGGUGAGCUGAUGUCCCUGAGGACUUGGAGAAAGGAUUCAAUUAUUUCAGUCUGGGGCUUCAUUCUCCUCAGCAUAUGACUAGGGCAGGGUGUGCCUAUAAUCCCAGCUACUCUGAAGGCUGAGGCAGGAGGGCUGCAAAUUUGGGGUAAUCCUGGGUAACUUAGUAAGACUCUGUCUCAAAAGACUAAAGGGGCUGGUGGUGGAGCUCUGGGAUGAUUGCUUGUCUCUCAUGUGCAAGGCUCUGGCUUCUAUUCCUGGUAUAGUUUUAAGAGAAAAGGACAUAAAACUGUAAGCCUAGAUUUUUUUGUACAGUUUAGUAAAUUCACAGUAUUCUUACCUUAUGUGUUUGUUUUACAGAAUUGUUUUGAUUUUUCUAAAUGUCUGGUAAGCAAGAUUAUUUAAUGUCUAUUGUGUAUAUAAAGCUUUAUUGGAUGUGGUAUACUUAAAUUAUUAUUUUUCGUAAAAUAAACCAAUUCUACGUGUACCCAGUUUAUGUUUUUGAGGGAAAGUUGUAAUAAGCUUUUAUGUGUUGCUUGAAAUAAACUGCGAGAGGCC